AGUGCUGCUUUCCCAGACAGGAAGAUUCUCUUGCUGGUGCCAUGGAAUUAAAUUGCUUAAAUUAAUACUUCACAGGUGGCAUUGCCUAAUGGACGUUUGAGCUUGUCAUCUGGGUGGAAGCAGAAAAUGCUGGAAAGAUUUCCACUUUCGCCUAUUCUUCUGGCUGCCAUCUCUGCAUCUUUGCCUGAUCUGGAUAAUGUAAUAGUCAGAGGGUCCCCCUAAUCCAUAUGACCUUUCCCCUGGAGCUUUCCAAUCUCUCCCUGCCAACACCGGAGAUGGCCAGCCAACCUCCUGAGGACAGCCCUGAGUUGCAGGUCCCCGACGAGCUGGAGUGUAAGAUCUGCUACAACCGUUACAACCUGAAGCAGAGGAAACCCAAAGUACUGGAGUGUUGCCACAGGGUGUGCGCCAAAUGCCUCUACAAGAUCCUGGACUUCGGGGACUCCCCGCAGGGGGUCAUUGUCUGUCCCUUCUGUCGCUUCGAGACGUGCCUGCCGGAUGACGAGGUCAGCAGCCUGCCCGAUGACAAUAACAUCCUGCUAAACUUGACUUGUGGGGCCAAAGGCAAGAAGUGCCUGCCCGAGAACCCCACCGAGCUGCUGCUCACCCCCAAACGGCUGGCCUCCCUGGUCAGUCCCUCACAUACAUCAUCCAACUGCCUGGUGAUCACCAUCAUGGAGGUGCAAAGGGAGAGCUCCCCAUCUCUGAGCUCCACUCCUGUGGUGGAGUUCUACCGGCCGGCCAGCUUUGACUCGGUCACUACUGUGUCCCACAACUGGACAGUAUGGAACUGCACGUCGCUGCUCUUCCAGACAUCCAUUCGUGUGCUGGUGUGGCUUCUGGGCCUGCUCUACUUCAGCUCCUUACCACUAGGCAUCUACCUGCUGGUGUCCAAGAAGGUCACCCUUGGGGUGGUCUUUGUCAGCCUCGUCCCCUCCAGCCUGGUGAUCCUCAUGGUGUAUGGCUUCUGCCAGUGUGUGUGCCAUGAGUUUCUUGACUGUAUGGCACCUUCUUCUUAGCAGGCAGGUGAACCCAGACUUUUUCCUUACGCAGGGGCCAUGUCAGAAGUGAUCUCAUAUGUCCUGGAUGGUUUCUUUUAUACUGUCCACCUUGAGUGUCCGUGACAUAUGCAGAGCCCCUGGUGGCUCUUACAUCUGUGGUCCAUUUGCCCUCCAGAUGUCCACUCCAGUGGUUUUCCAAUGGGAAGCAAAAUGGUUUGUUUUUCCACCCAGGUAUUAGCAAAGCAGCCAGAUGUGGCCAAGCUAGGCCUGUCUGCAGCCCGGCUAGUAGAGGCUGUCUGUGCUGGAUAGCAAGUGGGGCUCGAGCUGCGUGCUGCUACUUGAGAUAUUUGUGGGAGAUCAGGGUGACUGUGAUCCCUCUUCUCAGAACCAUUCAGAGGUUCCUCAGGAGGGUGGGUGCUGGAAGGAUACAGUUCCAAGAUAGGAGUUUGAAAAGGUGCAUACCUGAAACGUGUACACACACACACACACACACACACACACACACACACACA